CCUGGGGGCACCGCGAGGAGGACACCGGCGGAGCCCUGCACUCCGUUGCCCCGCUCACCAGCAGAUCCUUGCCCCCUGGUUCCUUCCCCGACCCUUUAGAGAAGGGACCAUGAUUUGGAAACGAAGCGCCGUUCUCCGCUUCUACAGUGUCUGCGGGCUCCUACUACAAGGCAGCCAAGGGCAGUUUCCACUAACACAGAAUGUAACAGUUGUUGAAGGAGGAACUGCAAUUUUGACCUGCAGGGUUGAUCAAAAUGAUAACACCUCCCUCCAGUGGUCAAAUCCAGCUCAACAGACUCUGUACUUUGAUGACAAGAAAGCUUUAAGGGACAAUAGGAUUGAGCUGGUUCGGGCUUCUUGGCAUGAACUGAGUAUCAGCGUCAGUGAUGUGUCUCUCUCCGAUGAAGGACAGUACACCUGUUCUUUAUUUACAAUGCCUGUCAAGACUUCCAAGGCCUAUCUCACUGUUCUGGGUGUUCCUGAAAAGCCUCAAAUUAGCGGAUUUUCAUCACCAGUUAUGGAGGGAGACUUGAUGCAGCUGACUUGUAAAACAUCUGGUAGUAAACCCGCAGCUGAUAUAAGAUGGUUCAAAAAUGACAAAGAGAUUAAAGAUGUAAAAUAUUUAAAAGAAGAGGAUGCAAAUCGCAAGACUUUCACUGUCAGCAGCACACUGGAUUUCCGAGUGGACAGGAGCGACGACGGUGUGGCGGUUAUCUGCAGAGUCGACCAUGAAUCCCUCAAUGCCACUCCUCAGGUAGCGAUGCAGGUGCUAGAAAUACACUAUACACCAUCAGUUAAGAUUAUACCAUCCACUCCUUUUCCACAAGAAGGACAGCCUUUAAUUUUGACUUGUGAAUCCAAAGGAAAACCACUGCCAGAACCUGUUUUGUGGACAAAGGACGGUGGAGAAUUACCAGAUCCUGAUCGGAUGGUUGUGAGUGGUAGAGAGCUAAAUAUUCUUUUCCUGAACAAAACGGAUAACGGUACAUAUCGAUGUGAAGCCACCAACACCAUUGGCCAAAGCAGUGCAGAGUAUGUUCUCAUUGUACAUGAUGUUCCCAACACUUUGCUUCCCACUACUAUCAUCCCCUCCCUUACCACUGCAACAGUCACAACCACUGUAGCCAUAACAACCAGCCCAACCACUUCUGCAACAACCAAGAGCAUAAGAGAUCCCAAUGCUCUGGCUGGCCAGACUGGUCCUGAUCAUGCUCUUAUAGGAGGAAUAGUGGCUGUAGUUGUAUUUGUCACGCUGUGUUCUAUAUUUCUGCUUGGUCGAUAUCUGGCAAGACAUAAAGGAACAUAUUUAACAAAUGAAGCUAAAGGAGCUGAAGAUGCACCAGAUGCUGACACAGCCAUUAUCAACGCUGAAGGCAGCCAAGUCAAUGCUGAAGAGAAAAAAGAGUAUUUCAUUUAAAAUGCAGGCCAAGAUUCUGAGUUUUACUUACCAGGCUGGCUGCUGGAGAAAACUGGCUAUCAUCUUUCAGAAUUCAUUUCUACCAUCUUCGCUACCUUUAUUAACUUCCAUACCGUACUGCUAUCCGUAGCCAGUGCAUACCAGCAAUCAGCUGUCGAAAGCAUCCUUCUUUAAUUACUGUACCAUCCAUAAUGCAGGACAUUUCUUACUGCCUAAAUUCCACACCAUUGCUCUUUUAACAUACAGUGCUUGAAUAUACAGCCUUAACAAUGUUAAUCAUCUCCUUGGGUCAUGAUAUUGAGUUGUUUUUAUACAUUGAAAAAUGUAUGCAGAGAUUUUUGUUUUUUGUUUUAACCCCUCAUUUUUCACCCUCUUUACAUCAUGGACUUAGUCAGUUUGCCAUUGGACAGCUUUCACAAGAAACAGGAUUAGAUGAAGAGCUAAUGUGCUUAAGUUUAAUGAGACACUAGAGGUUUACAGAUAAUAUUUUCUACAUGUCUCUCUUCAAGGACAUGCUUAGAAACAUAUGCCCUAGGAAACCACAAACGGAAAACACUGUAGUGUAGCUCGGGACUGUUUGUGAUAUACUGGUAAAGCUGUAUCAAUUUGCUAUUUAAAAAUAUAGCAUUUGAUACAGGAGCCAUGUGUAUGAAUCGUAAUCAUGUCAUGGUAUCUUAUAUAAUUAUAUAGCUCCCACCAUUAGGUUAUUUUAGCUGUUUACCAAUAAAUUGCUACAAACAUUUUACUGCUUUGGGAAUCACAAAGAUUUCAUUCAUUGCUCUGAUUUGAUUCUGUAAUUUAUUUGCUUCACAAGGACUCACCUUCCUAAACAAAAUUGAAAUAUCCAUAGGGCACAAUUUUGAAACAUUUUAGUAUCUGUAUAUAGUGCAUAUAAUAAAUCCAAUUAAACAUUAUUUGAUACAUAUUUAACUUUUUGGCUGUAGGUAAUUCAAUCAUAAGUAAGCAUUUUCUAAUGUCCAUUAUAUCCCUUUAGAUAUUACUUAAACCAAUAUUACAAGUAGAUAACACGUAUUAGUAUUUUGUCUGUAUGUCCUAGCACUGUUCAACAACCAAUUUUUCUAGUUCUUGUUAAUUUUUAUUUGUUAUACAAUGGAAGCACAAUGUUAUAAGGAAAGGUAAUUUUAAGCUAACAACCAGUGCACAGCCUCAGGUUUUAAAUUACAACCACAAUAGAAUAACCUAAAAAUAAACUCUUAGUUUGCUAAAAUUUUACAAAUUUUAAUUUGGCAGUUCCAGAGCUGCUUGCCUAUGUUGGUUUGCCAAAAAGAAGUGUUUAAGAUAUGUUUUCUGUAUAAAUGAACUAAUUCUUUAUAUUAAAUUCCUGUCUAUGCAUUUUGUGAGGUACAAACUUAUGAAACAAUGAGUGAUAGAGAAUUUCUGCCAUUCUUUUACCUCGAAGGUGAAAGUCUCUUUCUCUGGAUUAUUUCUGAAAUUUUGGUGUAUUUAACCAUUAAGAAAUGCUGUAUUCUUAAAUAUGACACAGAGUUCAUCUAAAGUCAUAUUAUUUCUUCAAGUAAAUAACAAUAUUGUUAGAUUAGUUCUCAUGACAUUUGUUAUAUGCUAAAGAUUAAAAAUCCAGUUAGGUAAAAAUUAUUUUCCCAUUCACAAGCAUUGCACCUUUAAGAAGAAAACAAAUAUGACAAUAUGGAAGCUAUACUUGUGAUGUCAAAGCAUGAUGGCCUAUGGUUUUAAAAAUAUCUUGGAAUUCAUUUGGGGGAAAUGAGAAUGUUCAAGUACGACAUCAAGUGUUAAUAUCAAAUGAAAGACAAGGGUGCUGUAUCUUAGAUUAUUUAUCAGAAAAGUUUAAAUCCUUUAAAGAUGUUAGAAUUUUAAAUUGUUUUUUUAUUGUUGAAGCAUUUAUCUUGUUGAUUUCUUACAAAAGAAAAAGGAUGAUGUCAAGCAGCACUUUUUCAGAAUAUACAGAACAUAAAUAAUAUGAUGUGGUUGAGUGUUAACAUAAUAAAUCAUAUACAGUAUGACAUUUUAAGGAAAUAAGUCUGCAUUGAUGUGAUUGCAUGCUUGUUUUUACAGUUCAAUUCAUACCAUCUGUGGAAAAAUGCAAUAAUAUGUUAAUAUAGUAUGGUAGUUUGAGAGAAUCAGGUAGGUGCUACUAGACACAUUGAAACUAGAAUAGGUUUAUAAACUGUUCAUAUCUUUCAAUGCAUAAUCUUUAGAAAGACUCCACAAAGCAAAAUUCAUCCUAUUAGUAAAAAUGGAAAGGUUCUUAUUACAGAAGUUGUAUAAACUGCAUCAUCAAUUACUAUUUAAAGCCUAAUUUCAGGAUGCACUUACAAAAUUGCUACUCUUCACUGAGGUAUUUACAUCUCUCUUCAUUUCAUCUAUAUUCUACUUUGCUCCAACUGCUAAAUUGUUUCCUAAAUAACUCAAUCAUUAUUUAUAACACUGUAAAAUUAGGGAUCCAAAAUUGGUUACAUUUCAGGAUUGUUGAUUAUUUAACCCUUUGGAGUAAUAUAAAAAAUCAUUAGAAGUCUUAAAAAGAAACUAACUAACUGGUAUAUUAUGAUUUGUGGGUUCUAAUCAAAUAUUUUGCCAGUUCAAUAGA